UGUGUCUCUGAUCGGGAUCAGACCAGUGUGGGGGGAGCAGAGUGUCGGAGUGUUGCUGUCUCUCGGCCAUGGCCUGUCUGAUGGCCGCCUGGUCCGUCCACAACCCCACCGUCACCAACUCCAUCAUCAUGAACACCAACGGGCCCCCGGACCUCAUGUUGGACCCCCGGACGGUGUGCGUUUGUAUGGACGAGGUGGUCAACAAGCGGCCGGCGGGCGGCCAGCAGACGCCGCUGAAGAAGGUGGACAACAACGUGACGGAGGCCCAGAGGUUCUCCUCGUUACCACGACGACCGGCGGUCAACAUGGAGUUCCAGGACGUCUCGUACUCCGUCAGGGAGGGGCCCUGGUGGAGGAAGAAAGGUUACAAGACUCUGCUCAGAGGGAUCUCUGGGAGGUUCACCAGCGGCGACCUGGUGGCCAUCAUGGGGCCCUCCGGAGCCGGCAAGUCUACCCUGAUGAACAUCCUGGCCGGGUACAGGGAGACGGGGAUGAAGGGCACGAUCCUGAUCAACGGGCGUUCCAGAGACCUGCGCUCCUUCAGGAAGGUUUCCUGUUACAUCAUGCAGGACGACAUGCUGCUGCCUCACCUCAGCGUACACGAGGCCAUGAUGGUUUCAGCCAACCUGAAGCUGCAGGAGAAGGUGGAGACUCGCAGAGAGAUGGUCCGGGAGAUCCUGAUGGCUCUGGGUCUACUGGACUGUGCUAAAACCAGGACGUCUCACCUGUCGGGGGGUCAGAGGAAGAGACUGGCCAUCGCUCUGGAGCUCGUCAAUAAUCCUCCGGUCAUGUUCUUCGAUGAGCCCACCAGCGGUCUGGACAGCUCGUCCUGUUUCCAGGUGGUCUCUCUGCUGAAGGCUCUGGCUCAGGGAGGACGAACCGUCAUCUGCACCAUCCACCAACCCAGCGCCAAACUGUUCGAGCUCUUCGACAAGCUGUACGUCCUGAGUCAGGGUCAGUGUAUCUACAGGGGGAAAGUCUCCAGUCUGGUUCCCUACCUCAGAGACCUCGGACUCAACUGCCCCACCUACCACAACCCGGCUGACUUCGUGAUGGAGGUGGCGUCUGGAGAAUACGGGGACCAGAUGGUCCGACUGGUGAAAGCCGUCCAGGACAGGAAGUGUGAGAAGGAUCAUCAGAACGAACUAAACGGAGACACCAACCUCCACCCGCUGCUGUGGCAGCGCACAGAGGAGGAGAGCUCAUCGUCUGAAGGUUGUCACAGUUUCUCAGCCAGCUGUAUGACUCAGUUCUCCAUCCUGUUCAGAAGAACGUUCCUCAGCAUCCUCAGAGACUCGGUGCUGACUCACCUGAGGAUCUCCUCUCACAUCGGGAUCGGUGUCCUGAUCGGUCUGUUGUACCUCGGCAUCGGGAACGAGGCCAAGAAGGUUCUGAGUAACUCCGGGUUCCUCUUCUUCUCAAUGUUGUUCCUCAUGUUCGCCGCUCUGAUGCCCACCGUCCUCACAUUUCCUCUGGAGAUGGGAGUUUUUCUGAGGGAACACCUGAACUACUGGUACAGUCUGAAGGCCUACUACCUGGCUAAAACCAUGGCUGACGUCCCCUUCCAGGUAGUAUUCCCAGUGGUGUACUGCAGUAUUGUGUACUGGAUGACGGCCCAGCCCGCGGACGCUGGCCGGUUCUUCCUCUUCCUGUCUCUGGGGGUUCUGACCUCUCUGGUGGCUCAGAGUCUGGGUCUGCUGAUCGGAGCGGCGUCCACCUCCCUGCAGGUGGCGACGUUCGUGGGUCCGGUCACGGCGAUCCCGGUCCUGUUGUUCUCGGGGUUCUUCGUCAGUUUCGACACCAUCCCCUGGUACCUGCAGUGGAUGUCCUACAUCUCCUACGUCAGGUACAGCUUCGAGGGCGUCAUCCUGUCCAUCUACAGUCUGGACCGAGAGGACCUCCACUGCGACCGGGACGACACCUGCCACUUCCAGAAGUCCGACGCCAUCCUGAAGGAGCUGGACAUGCUGGACGCCAAACUCUACCUGGACUUCAUCGUCCUCGCCGUCUUCUUCUUCUCUCUGAGGCUCAUCGCCUACUUCGUCCUCCGGUACAAGAUCAGCGCGGAGAGGUAGACCGGGACCAGGAGGGACCAGGAGGGACCAGGAAGGGGACCAGGAAGGACCAGGAGGGACCAGGAGGGACCAGGAAGGACCAGGAGGGACGAGGAAGACAACAUCUGAGUGGCAGAGUCCGGCGUUUAGGACAGAUCCUUUAGGCUAACGUUAGCGUGUUAGCUUCAUGUGAACUCUGACUCUACUUUGACUCGCUGUUAAAGACACGAAGAAGAGACUAGGAUCUGGUUUCAGGUCUCUGAGUGUCAUUAGAGGACAGAGUGAGGACUCAUCAGGUCCUGCAGGGACAGGAGCUGGUCUCCUGAGUCCUGGACUGUGCCACAACCUGCAGGACCACAAGAAACCAGAGAACGGCUGAUGUUUAGGGACGGACUCUCUGGACAUUAAUGUAGUUUUACCUGUUACGUCCUCAGAGACACUGUUAUCAAUAAAGUUAUUAUGUCCUGAUUAAAGAUCAAUAAAGUUAUUAUGUCCUGAUUAAAGAUCAAUAAAGUUAUUAUGUCCUG